UUUAAAUCAUAAUUCUUUGUCCUAAGUUUAUCACAUAAAUGAAUAUCUUUAUAUUUGUCUUCAUCAAUAAAAAAUAUGCGUGAUACAUAAAACAGUGAUAGUAGCACGCAUAAAGGGUUUAAUUUACAUAUCUAAUAAAAUGUGGACAAAUACUGCAAUAAUUCCUUAAUAAAAUUUUUACUUCAGUCAAUUAAGUGCAAUUAAAUUUGUCUUACUCGCUUUGAUGGCUUCAAGAGUAAAACGCUUUUUUUACAAUAUAAGAAGAAUACUCUUAAGGAUUUAUAGAUACUGUGAACGAUGUAUUCGUAAACAGAUAUUUGUAGAAGCUACUCAAAAUCUAAACAAUACAAUAAUUGAAAAUAUGCAACAACACGCUUCAUCACCACAAUCUACAAGUGAAAAUUAUGAACAAGUAAGAAUUCUAACUGUGAAUAAUGGAGAACAUCUGGAUGGGAUAUUGUACAGAUUGAAAAAAGGCUGGAAAGUUGAAUUUAAACUCGGGGCUUCCCUUCUUGGAAAAAGACUUGAUGUUUUUAUAAAUCACCCAUUAUCGAAUGAUAAAAAAUUUGAAAGGCAUACUUACUAUCAAUUACAAUGGAUUGAGGAAUCAGCAAGUAUACAUUUAACUUUGCCUGGUUCAUUUCAUUAUUAUGUCACUGAUCAAGUCAAAGGGCAUAUCAAACCUGUUGCAUCGGGAUACCUGCUAGUAGAUCCUGAAUUAGAAAUAAGUGAAGAUGAAAAAAAAUUACCUUUGGAUUGCAUUCAAAUUCAAACAGUUUUGGCAAAGUGUUUAGGACCUUUCUCUACAUGGGAAGAUAAAUUAUUGGUGGCACGAAAUUCUGGAUAUAAUAUGAUCCAUUUUACACCGAUACAGGAACUGGGACUAUCUAAAUCGUCAUACAGUCUAAAAGAUCAAACGAAACUCAAUCCUAUUUUUAAUGGAAAUAAUCAAAUAAUUACUUAUCAUGAUGUUGAGCAGUUUGUAAAUAAAAUGCGAACCGAAUGGAAGAUGUUAAGCAUAUGUGAUAUUGUUCUGAAUCAUACCGCAAACGAGAGUCCUUUUCUAAUUUCUCAUCCAGAGUGCACAUACAACUGCGUUAAUAGUCCUCAUUUACGUCCGUCGUAUAUCUUGGAUGCAGCAUUGUUUGAAUUAACGAUACAAGUAGCUGCUGGAGAAUGGGAAUUUAAAGGUAUUCCUACUGUAGUCGACACUGAAGAUCAUUUGAAUGCGAUUCGUCACGCUCUUCACACAUAUUUCUUGCCGCUUGUAAAGAUAUACGAGCUGUACAUUGUCGAUACCAACGAAGUUAUAAUGCAAUUCCUGAACUUGGCUCGCAAUGAAAUGCCACAAGAUGUGAAUAAUAUGGAAGUUGAGGACAUUUUGAUAAUUCAAGAUCCUGGUUUUCGCAGAUUGAAAUCAACCAUAAACAUGCAACUUGCUUUGAAAAAAUAUAAUGUAUACAGAGUUGAUUGUUUUGACGAGGAGACUCGUUUGAAACGAUGUGCAGAAAACUUGAAAAAUAAAUUGCAAGAACUCAACGAAACUAUUAGCAAUAAUGUACAAAAUCAUCUGAAUGCUGCCGUUGAAAAUACUAUUGCUGGUAUAAGAUACUUCAGAGUACAACAUGAUGGGCCAAGAAUUAAGGAAGUUAGCGAAAAGAAUCCUCUUGUUCCUAGAUACUUCACUGAUUAUGGAGCACCCGCAUCUUUGAUAGAAAGAGAAGACGUAAUGUAUUCAGAUAAUGGAUGUUAUCUCAUGGCUCACAAUGGUUGGGUCAUGAAUGGCGAUCCUUUGAAGAAUUUUGCAGACCCUGAUUCUAACGUCUACAUUCGAAGGGAACUUAUUGCUUGGGGAGAUAGCGUAAAACUCAGAUAUGGGGAGAAACCAGAAGAUUGUCCAUUCUUGUGGCAACAUAUGACAACUUAUGUAGAACAAACAGCACAAAUAUUUGAUGGUGUUCGACUGGACAAUUGCCAUUCCACCCCGAUUCCCGUUGCUGAAUAUAUGCUUGAUGCUGCACGACGAAUUCGUCCAAAUCUUUAUGUUGUUGCAGAAUUGUUUACCAAUUCCGAUCAAAAAGAUAACAUCUUUGUAAAUCGUCUUGGCAUUACUUCUUUAAUCAGAGAAGCUAUGUCGGCAUGGGACAGCCAUGAAGAAGGGAGAUUGGUAUAUCGAUAUGGAGGAGAACCAGUUGGAGCAUUUCUGCAGUCACGAAAGCGGCCGUUAGUGCCGAGUAUAGCUCACGCUAUGUUCCUGGACGUGACUCACGACAAUCCUUCUCCAGUGGAGAAACGAAGUACUUUUGAUUUACUUCCAAGCGCUGCGCUUGUGUCGAUGGCGUGCUGUGCCAGUGGAAGUACUCGGGGUUACGAUGAAUUAGUGCCCCAUCACAUACAUGUAGUAGAUGAAGAAAGGCUAUACACUUGCUGGUUGGAUGAUGACAAUUCGACGAAUAAUAUUAAGUUUAUUAAUUCAAAAACUGGUAUAAUUAAAGCUAAAAAAGCAUUAAACGAUCUACAUUACAUGCUCGGCGAGAGAGAAUUUUCGCAGGUAUUUGUCGAUCAAAUGGACACUGAUGUAGUAGCUGUAACAAGACAUUCACCAACUAGUCACGAGAGUGUAGUUCUGGUCGCGUUCACGGCGUUUAAACAUCCGGAUUCGAACGCUCAUGACUUGAGAAGACAUAUAAGACCUUUGAUAGUGGAGGGUGUAGUGGAGGAAAUUAUUUUGGAAGCAUCACUUUCACACAUAGAUGCAGGAAAUGGGAAAUCACCUUUCAAUUUAUCACAAAAAUAUACAAAAAAUGAAAAUUUUAUAAAUGGAUUAUUCGAAUAUACGGUAAACCUUAAACAGCACAUACAAUGCUGUGACUCUACGAUAAUCGAAAAGGUUGAUUCCGGCGAUCCUAAGAACACCCAACUCAAUUUCGUAAACUUCCAACCUGGUUCUGUUAUAGCUAUACGAGUGGCUCUCCAUGCGAAUAUAAAACCUGCUUUAAUGAAACUUCAAAGUACUAUUUCACAUCUCACUUCGAACGAGAAAUCAGACUUAGACAAUAUAAUCUCUCAAAUAGAGUUUUCAGAUUUGAAUAAAAUUUUAUAUAGAUGUGAUGAAGAGGAACGAGAUGAAACUUAUGGUAAAUUUGGGGUGUACAAUGUGCCAGGAUAUGGAAAUUUGGUAUACGCUGGAUUACAAGGUAUUGUAUCCUUACUGGCUGAUAUUCGUCCGAAUAACGAUCUGGGACAUCCUCUAUGUGUCAAUCUUAGACAGGGUAACUGGUUGAUAGAUUAUGUGUGGCAACGUCUAAAAGAAGAUGAUGGUACUAAACCCUUUGCGAUAUGGCUCGAAGAAGCGAUGGAACCAUUUAAAUUAAUUCCGAGAUACUUGGUGCCGAGUUAUUUUGACGUUAUAAUCGUGAAUGUUUAUAUGAAACUUUUAAAUCAUUGCUACAGUUUAAUGUCAAAUUUCGUAAAGAAUGGAACUACAUUUAUCAAGUUAUUGAGCUUGGUCUCCGUACAAGUGGGUGGCAUAGUAAGAUCAUCACAAUUGCCUGAUUUAUCGCCGAAUCUCAAUGAGCCUAAACCAAAGACUAAAAUCUGUGAUGGAGAAACUAAGCAGAUAUGUUUAACAUUGUCAGCAGGCUUGCCACAUUUCACGACAGGCUACAUGAGAAAUUGGGGUAGAGAUACUUUCAUCGCUCUGAGAGGAUUGUUACUUCUAACAGGCAGGCAUGUCGAAGCGAGAUUUAUAAUUCUCGGAUUUGCCGGAACUUUGCGACAUGGUCUAAUACCAAAUUUACUCGACAAGGGAACCAAUGCAAGAUACAAUUGUCGUGACGCAAUAUGGUGGUGGCUUUACACUAUAAAAUGUUACACCGAGGAAGUCCCAGAUGGCUUGAACAUUCUAUCCGAUAAAGUCUCGAGAUUAUUUCCGACUGACGAUUCACCAGCUUUACCUGCGGGCCAACAUGAUCAACCAUUAUACGAAGUAAUCCAAGAAGCUCUCACAGUACACUUCCAAGGUCUGUGCUUCCGAGAAAGAAACGCUGGUAAACAGAUCGACGAGCAUAUGACAGACCGUGGGUUUAACAAUCAAAUUGGAGUUCAUCCUGACACAGGUUUCGUUUUCGGCGGCAACGACGCCAACUGCGGUACUUGGAUGGACAAGAUGGGCUCUUCUGAGAAAGCCGGAAACAAAGGCAAGCCGGCCACUCCCAGAGACGGUUCUGCCGUAGAAUUGGUCGGAUUGAGCAAGUGCGCCCUCACUUUUCUGGCUGAAUUGUACAAGCAAAAUCUUUUCCCAUAUGGUAGUGUUCAGCGUAAAUGUCGCGAUGGAAAAACAAUAACUUGGAGUUACAAGCAAUGGGCUGAUAGAAUUCAGACAAACUUCGAGAAAUACUUUUAUGUGAACGAGAUUCCGAUGAAGGACGAAUUGAAACCCGAAUUGAUUCAUCGACGAGGUAUAUUCAAGGACAGUCAUGGAGCGACACAAGAAUGGGCGGAUUAUCAGUUGCGACCCAACUUCCCUAUUGCUAUGGUUGCCGCUCCGGAAUUAUUUGAUCCUCAUCACGCUUGGACCGCAUUGAAGCAAGCAGAAGAGAUAUUGUUAGGUCCAUUGGGAAUGAAGACUUUGGAUUCUGCAGAUUGGGCAUACAACGGUUAUUAUGAUAACAGCAAUGAUAGCACCGAUACCAAAGUAGCGCAAGGAUGGAAUUAUCAUCAGGGACCCGAGUGGCUCUGGCCAAUAGGAUAUUUCCUGCGAGCACGUUUGCAUUUUGCGUCAUUAAUCGGCAAAAAGGACGAAUUAUAUCGUACGGUCGUAUCAACCGAAGCUAUCAUUUCACGACACUUUGUCGAAGCGUCUACUACUUAUUGGAGAGGCUUACCUGAACUUACGAACAAGGAUGGAGCUUAUUGUAAGGAUAGCUGUCGCACUCAAGCAUGGAGUGCCUCAGCUAUAAUAGAGAUUCUCUACGACUUGCAGAAGAUCAAACGAGAAUUAGGAUCUGAAAAUUGAUAUCACUUUGCGUGUGUUCACCACCGCCAAUUACACUUAGAGCAAUUAAAAUAUAAUAGUAAUACUUGGAACAAAGUGGAUGGCACUAAUAUACGCUUUUCCACCGGAGAUAUAGCGACACCGCACACAUUGGAAACACACGCAUAUUAUACUGAUAAGCACAUAGAUGGAACAGAUACACAAACCGUAGUCACUGCUGAUAUAACAUCUGGAAGAAGCGAAGCUGUUGAGAACGAAUCGAUUUCCGUAAUCGGUAAAAAAUAUGACCUACAUCUUGAUGACCCGAUAUACAAUAUUUUUCAUUGCGUCAGCAGUGAUUCGACAGAGAUUUCACCAGAUGCAAGAAACGAAACAUAUUCCGAGGCUGAAUGGAAAGCUAAGAAUUAUAAUCGACAAUACGCAACGAUUGGAAAUGAUGAUGAAAAGAAUGAAGCUCGAACGAAUGUUUACGAAGAAAUUAGAGCAAUUAAGAAGCCGUAUAGUAGCUUGCACAAGUACAACAUUCAAGAUCACUAUGAGAAGUAUAGUCCCACCACAAUGAAAGCUUCAAUAGAUACCCUGUUUCUUUCGCGGCAUGAAAUCUGCGAGAAAUGCGCGAGAACGAAAUACAGCCCGGUGUACACCGAUCGUUUAAUAUAUACAAAGGAAUCGUUGUUUGCCGUAGAGGUGGUUCUGUGUCAACGCGAUGACGUUUCGUGCUUCACAUUUCGUGACCCGCGAGAGGAUCUACCCAACGAUCCUCUCCGUAUGCAAUACGAUCCAAAUCUGCAAGACUACAUGCUGAUCUACAAUUACACAAAAACUAACGUCGCGGGUAUAUUUUACUCUCAUUGCUGGCCUCGAGACAUCGUCGAUCUGAGAUCGCUAUUGAAGCCGAAUAUUUACGUUUUAAAUUACCCUUGCUACGACGUCGUUGCGAACACCCAGCUAUAUCAUCGCUAUGUGAAUAACUAUUAUGUAAGAUUAUCGAAAGCUGGCUGUGCAUCCAUGACGUUUUAUCGCGAUCGUAGCACUAUGAUAAACUGCACGAAAUGCAUUAAUUAUAAUAAUAACGACAAUAAUUCGCAAGAUUCGCCAAUUUAUUUAAUGCAUCAAUCGAAGGACUACGAACAUCGACGAAACAGAUCAAGCUUAUUGUUGUUGGAGCCGUUAUUGUUGACGCCGGAAUUAAUAAGUUCCGAGCAUAAGAAAGAUGCUAAGAACAGAGUUUCAGAACGUAUAAGGAUUGUCAGAAUAUUAAUAGUCUACGCGUUAUCAUUUCUUAUUCUCGUGAGUAUCACAUUUUACAUUAUUUAUUUUACCUAGUUGUUGCUUGUUGUUUGAUAAAUCUAUUGAAAAUAUGAGAUACUAAAAAAUUUAAUCACAUGUUAUAUUAAAUGUUAUACAUGAUAGAUUGUGCAUGUGUGAUACAUUAACUGAACGUUAAUUUAUAUCUCGAAGCGUAAUCAGCAAAAUAUUUAUAGAACGAACCAAAUCACAUAUAUGCAAAAUAGCUAAUAUUUUGUUAUUAAAAUAUAUUUUUACAAGUGUUUAUCAAAUAUCCUGUCAGUUAAUAAUUCACCGAUUUAUUAAUGACUAGAAAAUGUAUUCUGUAAUAUAAAAUUUAUUAACUAUUUCAACAAUUAAAUUCGCAAAAAGCUAUCAGCAAAAAUUAAAUACUAUGAACUGUCUGUGUCUAUCGAAUCAAACAUGUACCAGACAUGUGCAUUCAUACAAAUUUUAACUCGUACAUCAUUGAUAUAUUGUUUAUAAAUUAUUAUAUUUUAGAUAUUUUUAAAAUCUACAGGCAGU